AUGGCUGGGGCGCUCAGGCUGCUCUGUGUGUGGCUGGGCUGCUUCUGCGUGAGCCUGGUGUGGGGAGAGAGACCGAAGCAGCACUUCCCCGAACGGCCCCGGGUGGUGCGCGGCGAUCGCUCGGCAGGUGGUGGUCUCAGCCCCGAGCUGCAGCCGCACGACCAGGUGUCCGAGCACAUGCUGCGGCUGUAUGACAGGUACCGCGGCGGCGGCCGGGCCCCGGCGGCGGCGGCGGCGCGGAAGCCGGGCUCCCGGGAGCGGGGCUCCCAAUCCCUGCGCCCUCACCCACUGCGCCAGGGCAACACCGUGCGCAGCUUUCGAGCCGGAGCAGCAGGAACCCUUGAAAACAAGGGACUGCAUAUUUUUAAUCUGACUUCUCUAACCAAGUCUGAAAACAUUUUGUCUGCCACACUGUACUUCUAUAUUGGAGAGCUUGCCAACAUCAGCCUGAAAAUUUGUCCAUUGUCUGAAGGAUGUUCUGAUCAUGCUCAGAGGAAACACAUUCAGCUAGAUCUCGCUGCAUGGAUCCUCAAACCCAACCCAAACCAAAAUCAUCUACUGGGUCAUUUGUCAGUCGAUGUAGCUAAGCCUCAUCGAGAAAUCAUGUCCUGGCUCUCUAAAGACAUCACUCAGCUCUUGAGAAAAGCCAAAGGAAAUGAAGAGUUUCUCAUAGGAUUCAACAUUUCCUCCAAAGCCCAUGAGCUGCCAAAGACGAUGUUAUCUUUUCAGAAGCCUUAUAUCUUGGUAUAUGCCAACGAUGCUGCUAUUUCUGAGCCAGAAAGUGUGGUCUCAAGCUUGCAGGGACAUCGUAAUUUCCCCACAGGAGUUGUGCCCAAACUAGAUAGCCACAUCAGAGCUGCCCUUUCUGUGGAACGAAGGAAGAAACGCUCUGCUGGGAUCUUGCUACCUCUGCAGAACAAUGAGCUUCCUGGGGCAGAGUAUCAGUACAAGGAGGAUGGAGUGUGGGAGGAGAGAAAGCCCUAUAAGACCCUUCAGACUCAGUCCCCAGAGAAGAGUAAGAACAAAAAGAAACAGAGGAAAGGACCUCACCAGAAGAGCCAGACACUCCAGUUCGAUGAACAGACUCUCAAGAAGGCAAGAAGAAAGCAAUGGAUUGAACCUCGAAAUUGUGCCAGGAGAUACCUUAAAGUAGACUUUGCAGACAUUGGCUGGAGUGAAUGGAUCAUCUCACCCAAGUCUUUUGAUGCUUAUUAUUGCUCUGGAGCCUGCCAGUUUCCUAUGCCAAAGUCUUUGAAGCCAUCAAAUCAUGCUACCAUCCAGAGUAUAGUGAGAGCUGUGGGAGUCGUUCCCGGAAUUCCUGAGCCUUGCUGUGUUCCUGAAAAGAUGUCCUCACUCAGCAUCUUAUUCUUCGAUGAAAAUAAGAAUGUGGUGCUUAAAGUAUAUCCUAAUAUGACAGUAGAGUCUUGUGCUUGCAGAUAAUGGGGCAAAGAACUCAUUUGAAUGCUUAAUUUGAUUAUUUCCAUGGACUUUUAUUUUGCACUGCCAAUGCAUUUUGUCCCAAAAAGUUUCUUUUUUUUGUAGUCGAAAGAGAAUGAACAAAUAGAUUGAAGAUAUCCGCUAGGCAGAACUGAACUGUAUUUUUUUCUGAAUGUAACUAAAAGCAAGAUUUUUGAAAAUGACGGCUAUUUCUUUUCCUUUUAAUUACAAAAGAAAAACUUUCACUCAAACUGUUUUAGAACUGCUAUAGAACACACUGAUUUAUUUUUGUAAUGGGCUUUAAAAGUAGAUCGAAAAACCAGCAGUAGCUAAUCAUUGAUCUCUCAUCUACCAAGACAAAAGGGAAAUAGAGAGUAACUUCAUAUUUUAAUAGGCUUAUUGCCUUAAAUUCCUGAGCAUCCCAGCCAGUGCUAAAUAAUCUAAUCAAUUGUGAUGAUGUUUAUCUUAAAAAUUUUUUAGAUUUGCUUGCCCUUGAGUUUUCUCCACAAGUCAUUGUAAAUCUUAAGUAAAUGUAUGCUGAGUUUUAAGUAAUGUGUGUACCUGUGCCAAGUCUCUGUGCCCUCUGUAAGAAGUCAGCUUGAUAGAUUUCUAUAACCCAGGAUAUUCAAAAUAUUUAGUGUUUAGCUUUAUGUUCUGGAAAGCUACAUUUGGUUAUGUAAACCCCGCCAAGAAUGAUGGAAUGACCCAAGAACAUAUGCAAGAGUGAUCACUUAACCAAUUUAAUUGGAAAUGCUGUUAUUUUUAUUCCAUUGCCUCCAAGAAAGGGAAUCAGCAAUUCAAUGUUGAAAACCCAGAUGUAGUUUCUUUUCUCUUUCACAAGAAUUUACAAUUUUUUUUCCUCCUAAUUUGAACUCAAGAUUUCCUUGUGCAGUACUGGAUGGACUACUAGAAAUCUCCUCUAAACGAUCAGUUUCAUUACAAUAGUGUAUUUAUUAAUUUCUC